CCACCACCUCCCCCCUCCCUCCCGCCGCCUCCGUGGCCCUCCGCCUCCCCCAUCCACACCAUCCCCCUAUUGCCCUCUUCCCUCCGCACGUCACUCCCCUAUCACGCCCGCGCAGGACACCACUGCAUUCCGUCCUCCGGCCUUCGCCAUGAGUGACCCUACCAAGGCCCCCCAGUCGGGCCUCUCCAAGCGAAUUCUUGGGAUGAAGUUCAUGAACCGGAAAUCGGGCGGCCUUGCGCAAGCAUCCCCCAACCACUCCCAGCCGCUUGUGCCGAGCUCCUCCAGCACGGCUGUUUCGUCCUCCGGCAUCACCCGCAAGACUCCGCUGGUGGUGGAUCAGGCCGCCAUCGCCACUCCGGCCUCUGCCGCCGCCGCCGCCGCCGCGGCCUCCAGCAAGGGCACGAAGGGCUCUGCCGCGGCUGCGGCCCCGGCGACUCCGGUGCUUGCAUCCACCGGAGCCCUGUUGGCCCUGACCAACCGGGCGACCGCGGCCUCGGCGCACCUGGACAAGUAUGCGGCGGCGUCGGUGACCGCCUUCGAGGUGGAUGAGUCCUUCUGGUCGCUCGACUCGCUCGGGUGUCUGGAUCGGGUGGACCGGCAGCGUGCCACAUCCGGCCUGCAGGCCUCUCAAGCUCAGGUGGGCAAGCCCCCCCUGGCGGAGGAUCCCCUCGGCCAUGUGCAGUAUGCCCAGUCGGUGUACUGCUUUUUCCACCAGACGCAUGCGGGCCGCCGGGGGCCGUUGCUGUCGACUCGCGCCGCUCAGGCUGCAGCUGCGGCAGCCGCCAAGGACGAGGACUCCCGCGAGUCCCUCGAUGACAUGAACUUGGACGAGGAAACCGCCCCAACCUCCUUCACGUCUGGCAACAACAAGCGCAAACACCCGCAAUCGGGUGCCCCUUCGAAAAAUGCCCGGAUUCGGUCCUUCCGGUGAAGAGAGGCCCCAAACGGGAAUCAGCCAGCCUGCUCCGAUGGGCAGGGGGGCGGCCGCGACGGUGGCCGCGGAGCACGUGCAAAGGACACCCUCCUUGAGCCCGUGCCUCGCAUGUGUGUGCGGACGACGAGGGGAGGCGAACUGAGCUAUCUGGCCUCCUGUCUUUUCCUGCCCUUCCCUUUCUCCCUUGAAGCGGCGCCAAGGCGUCGAUGGUCCUGAAAAUGAAAACCCUACAAAUAUACACACAGCAUGACAAGA